AUGACUGGGUUUCGUCAUAACCAACUCGAGGCAAUUAAUGCUACCUUAGAGGGCAAGGACGCUUUUGUGCUCAUGCCCACUGGUGGCGGAAAGUCUCUCUGCUAUCAACUGCCAGCUGUUAUCAACAGUGGCAAGACUCGUGGAGUAACGAUUGUGAUCUCACCCCUGAUCAGUCUGAUGCAGGAUCAAGUGGAUCACUUAAACGCUCUCAAUAUCAUUGCGAAGCCUUUCAACGGCGAGAUGAAGAAGCCAGCACGAGAUAUGAUUCUCGGUUCUUUCCAGGAGAGAAACCCGGAACACUUCGUGCAACUACUCUAUGUAACACCUGAGAUGGUCAACAAGAGCCAUGCAUUCUGCAAUGGACUGAUGCUACUACACCGAAACAAUAAGCUUGCGCGGAUCGUCAUUGAUGAGGCACAUUGUGUCAGUCAAUGGGGGCAUGACUUCAGACCCGAUUACAAGGCUCUUGGGGAAUUUCGACGGAAAUUCCCUAGCGUCCCCGUUAUGGCAUUGACGGCGACUGCUACCCAGAAUGUUAUUGCAGACAUCAAACAUAAUUUGGCCAUGGAUGGUUGCCAAGUGUUCUCGCAGAGCUUCAACCGACCCAACCUGUAUUACGAGAUUCGAAGCAAGGACAAGACUACCGUGGCAAGCAUUGCUGACCUGAUCAACUCACGCUAUCGCAAUCAAACCGGCAUUGUUUACACCCUGUCAAGGAAGUCGUCGGAGACAAUCGCGAAAAAGCUGAAUGAUGAUUACAAUAUCAACGCACACCACUACCACGCAAGCAUUGAGCCCGCUGAGAAGGUCCGCAUUCAGCGAGCUUGGCAGAAAGGAGCUAUCAAGGUGGUCGUUGCUACUAUUGCUUUCGGCAUGGGUAUCGACAAGCCCGACGUCAGAUUCGUUAUACACCAUCAUCUACCAAAGAGUUUGGAAGGCUAUUAUCAGGAAACUGGCCGUGCUGGUCGCGACGGCAAGCCUUCGGAUUGCUUUCUCUAUUUUAGUUAUGGAGACAUUGCCACUCUAAGGAGAUUCAUUGACGAAGGAGACGGUAAUACCCAGCAGAAGGAGCGUCAGAGAGAGAUGCUAGACAAGGUGAUCAGCUUUUGUGAGAGCAAACACGAGUGUCGCCGAGUUGAAAUACUCCGCUACUUCGGCGAGGCGUUUUCACGAGAAGAGUGCAAUAAGACUUGCGAUAACUGUAAAGUCGGCGGUACAUUUGAGCUUCAGGACUUCUCUCAGUAUGCCAAAGCUGCAUUGGAAGUAAUUCGGCUUUACGGGCGCAUGACUCUUGCCCAAUGCACCGAGAUCCUGAUGGGAAAGAAACGGCCAGAUUAUGAUGACGCAGUGCAGUAUCAUGGUAUAGCCAGAAGUCUCAAGAAAUCCGACGUCAACUCAAUCAUCUUCAAGCUUGCUGCAGAAAAUGCCUUGGACGAGGAGAAUACCAUCAAUAGGAAGUUCGGCAUGGCGAUUACAUAUUUUGUCAUUGGUCGUACUUCCCGGGACUUUGUCUCUGGCAGACGCAAACUGCAGAUAAUGGCUCAGGUCGGUGGUGCCAAGACUGUUGUUCCCAAGCAAGCCAAGAAGAGAUCGAAGAGAGCGCAAGCGGAAGCAGCCGAAGGGGUGGAUCUACUAGAUGCACCGCAGGUGCGAAGACCGCCUCCAUCUACGAACGUCUCUUCUCCCAUUCGAAAGAGAAAGAAGGCACGCGUCAACCAAUUCAUUGACGAUGAGGCUACUGAUGGAGAUGAACAGGGGUUGGACAGUGCUGAGGACGCUGGUGGGCCAUUGCACAUCAAUGGCUACGAGAAAGACAACUUUGUUGUUUCGGAUGACGAUGACGACGAGGAUGAACAUUUUAAUCCUGUCCGCUAUGUGCCACGACAGCGACAAAGGACCCUCGACGAGCUCGGCCCGCCGAUUUCUAGAGAUACGGCGUUUGCUGAGGCUAACAUUCCCGACAUUCACCAAGAUAUCAUUCAUCACUUUUUGCCGGAGGCGAAAGAACUGGAGGAGAAGAUUCGCAAUGGCAGAGGCUUGCAAAGAAUUCUCUUCACUGAACAGCAUCUGCGUCAGAUGGCGAUUAGGUGGACAACUACUCUGGACAAGAUGCGGCAGAUCCCGGGCAUAAACGUUGAUAAUGUGGACAGGUAUGGGUCCAAACUUGUCCCAUUAAUCAAACAAUAUCAUGGACAGUAUAAGGAGAUUAUGGGAGAGGAGGUCGAGGACGAUGAACCCAGGGUACUCACACGCGCACCGGCCGCCAGACAAAUUCCUGGCCCGGUGAGACCCGAAGUAGUUGAACUUCUUAGCUCUGAUGAAGACGGGUUUGACGACGCGGAAGAUGAAGAUGACGACCUCGAAUCUUCCAGGUUCUUUGGACAAGGCGCGAGCGGCAGCGGCCCCCCAAGCCGGGAAGUAGAGAAGUGGCAUGAAAAGUUCGCUCAGUUGAGCCAACCAUCCGCAAGUAAGAAAGGGAAGCGGCCGUUCGCUCGCAAGGCCUCCGGGAGUCGAAGCAACUUCGCCCGUGGUAGGUCCAGCGGUGGUGUCACCAAGCGCAAGGCGUCUUCGGGAGGAAGCAGACGGACGAGUGGUGGCCCAAGCAGGACUAAGGCGUCCAAGGUGGGUGCAGGGAGGGGUUCUUUUAGCGGCAUUGGUUUGAUGCCCCUAUGA